AUGUCAGUGUUCUUUGUCUCUUUUCACAACAGAAGAAGCUUAAAAACAAAAGCUACACAUUUUUCUUCUACAACACUACCUAACUUUCCUGCUCUGUUUCCUUUUGGGGUUCCAGUUUCAGAUCACCAGAGAAAGCAAUUUGGGUUGUCUCCAAUGUCUUCUGAUCUCUUUGUUGACGAUGGCUCCUUCUAUCGCCAUGCCUUUGAAUCAGACCCCUUCUCAGACCCCUUCUCUCCUUUCCCAGACUCAGCCAUUGAUAUCCUCCAUGCAUUCUCAGACCACCAAAACCAAGUUGAGGAUCAGCCUCAUUCUCUUGAGCAAAGCUCUCCGAAUCCUGUUUCUUCUUCACCCCCAAAUUCCCAGUUGGAAAAUUUGAGCCUUUACCAGGAAACCCAUCUGAGCCCCUUUGACAAUGGUCUCAAUUUGGAAAAUUUCUCAGCUUUGGACAAUUUGGAGGUUAAAACUGAGCAAUGUCAUUUGGCUUUUGACCAAAAUGCUUAUAGCUACAACCCCCAAGUUACUCAACAAGCUUUUGCUCCUCAUAGCUACAGUGGUGGUGCAGAACAUGUGGCCAAGUUUAUGCAGAGGAGUUACAGCAGCAACUGCUUUGAUGGAAAGCCUGGUUUUGUUUUCCAACCUUGCUUUGAUUCUCUCAUGGAGUCCCCAAAUUUUCAGAGCCAAGCAGCCUCCUUGAGCUCACCUGAGAGCAGCUAUCUGACUAGUCACAUGAGGAGGGUUUCCAGCACCGGAGAUUUGCAAAACUCCAGAACAGCUCGUAAUCCUCGAGAGAGCACAGCUAUGGAGGAAGCUGGGAACUUCAAGAUGGGAAAGUACACUGCAGAAGAGAGAAAGGAAAGGAUUUCAAAGUACAAAGCCAAGAGAGCACAGAGAAACUUCAACAAGACUAUUAAGUAUGCAUGCCGGAAGACACUAGCAGACAACCGUCCACGCAUACGUGGACGAUUUGCGAGAAAUGAUGAUACUAGUGAGAAUCUCAAACCUGCAUGUUCAACCAGAGAAGAAGACGAAGACGAUCUCUGGAUUGAAGGGUUGAAUAAUGUAGAGGACGAAUUAGGGGAAAGGGUAGUAAGAGGAGGACAGCAAUUUAUGAAGAACAACAAUGAACCUCAACAGUUCCGGUACUUUGGCUAUUAUCAUUGA